GGACCGUGGGUUCCUCCAACCACAACGUCCGUCAUCGUCAUUUGUCUGUUUCCUGAAAUGUCUUCAGCUCCUACACGCCGUGUAGAAUACGUCUUAUUCGAUUUAGAUGGCUUGAUGAUAGAUUCAGAGAAAGUCUACACAGAUGUCACUAAUGAUAUUCUUGGACAGUAUGGAAGGGAAAUGACAUGGCAGAUUAAAGCUGGGUGUAUGGGAAAGCCGGAACGGGAAGCUGCCAACUACCUUCUGUCGUUUUUCCCUGACAUCGAUUUGCCCUUGGAGUCGUACCUUCAUCAGCGUAACGUCCUUCAAGACCAACGCUGGCCUACCGUGCCUCUUCUCCCUGGCGUUCGCAAACUAGUCCUUCAUCUGAAGAAACAUAACAUACCCAUCGCGGUCGCCACAGGCUCCCGACGACGCAACUAUGAAUUCAAAACCGGACAUUUGGGAGAAGUGUUCGAUUUAUUUGAUGGCAAGAUUGUCUGUGCCGAUGACAAACAAUGGGAUCUGAAAGGGAAACCCGAUCCCGAUAUAUUUCUAACAGCGGCAAGGGAAUUACUGGGGAGAGACGUUGGGCAUCCUCGAGGCCAUGCAGUAACCCCAGUACAACUCGAGCAAAGAAGUAGGGGACUGGUGUUUGAAGAUGCGAUACCUGGGAUGCAGGCCGGAAAACGAGCAGGGAUGUCUGUAAUUUGGGUCCCUGAUUACCAGCUCCUCAAUGUCCCUUACGAUGGCAUAGAGCGUCCCGAUGAAACACUGAAGUCGCUCGAAGACUUUAUACCAGAGAACUGGGGACUUCCGCCCUACUAUACUUAGUUAUGUGCCGUGAAUUGCACAGGCUAAGCUUCUCAACGAACCAAGUCCGUGUUUUAGAUCAAGCAAAGAAUGCAAAUGUGCGAUAUAG